CGCGAGUUUUUAGACGGAUUAGCCGAUUAGCAAGCGGCACUACUGUUCUCAAAACAAAAUUUUUACGGUCAUGGAGACGCCUCAGAGUGUUGAGGACGUAAAAUUCUCUGAAAAAGAGGCAAACAAAAGGAAAAUAUCCAGAGAUGUUGAGAUGGACAUUGAAUAUCUGUAUGAAGUUGUACCACAGCUCUCCAAAGUUUUCCAAAUUACUGACAAAAUUGGAGAAGGUACGUUCAGUUCCGUGUAUCUCGGAGAAGCUCAGACGAGCGACGGGACGAGAGAGAAGUUUGCGCUGAAGCACCUGAUCCCUACGAGUCACCCGGUGCGGAUCGCCGCAGAGCUCCAGUGUUUGACCGUCGCCGGGGGUAAAGAAAACGUGAUGGGAGUGACGUACUGCUUCAGGAAGGACCACCACGUGGUGAUCGUCAUGCCCUACGUAGAGCACCAGGCCUUUGUGGAUAUCGUUGAGACGCUGAGCUUCGAGGAGGUGCGUCAGUACAUUUAUCAUCUACUCAGAGCCUUGAAGCACAUACACGAGUUCGGGAUCAUCCACCGGGACAUCAAGCCGACCAACUUCCUGUACAACCGGCGAGAGAAAAAGUACGCGCUGGUGGAUUUUGGCCUGGCUCAGGGAACACCUGACACCCAGAUCGAGCUGUUAAAGGUUGUGAAAGCUCAGAAAGAAUCACACGGGAAACAGGCACUGGUUCCUUUACCACCUCACACGUCCACAAAAGCAGUGCCGGCGAAAAGGCCGUGUCCAAACCCGCGCACAAAACACAGCAAGGAGCUGAUGGAACUUUGUAAAACGCCUCGUUCCGUGUUCGGCGAGAGAAACCUCAACAGCAUAAACCCUGCUAAGACUCCGACCGAGAAAACCCAAGUGAGGAUCUUCUUAAGUGUGAAGCUGAGCAAGAGUUUGUUUGUUUGUUUUUAUUGUAUUUAUUUUCCCCCCCAGCACUUCUUGAGCUUUUGCGUGUUACCGUUUCAGGGACACGUGAUAAAACCUACAAAGACGGACGACGUCAUCGCACGCAAGUUUGUCUCGACGAAACGCCGCCCUGUUCCUGCGCGGGCACCGGUGACGAACCAGAAGACGAAACCCGUGACGCUUAACCUGUCUCUUACCUGUAACUGCUACAUGACCGACCGUGUCUGUAACAUCUGUCUGUCCAGGAAGCAGCAGGUAGCUCCGAGAGCAGGAACGCCGGGAUUCAGGGCUCCUGAAGUUCUCACCAAGUGCCCUGACCAAGGAACCGCUAUCGAUGUGUGGUCGGCCGGCGUCAUCCUGCUCUCCCUCCUGAGCGGUAGGUAUCCGUUUUUCAAAGCCAACGACGACCUGAUGGCCCUGACUCAGAUCAUGACUAUCCUCGGUUCGAGAGAAACCAUUCAGGCAGCUAAGAAAUUUGGCAAGGCGGUGGUGUGUAGCCGCGAGCUUCCCCGACUCAACCUGAGGAUUCUGUGCGAGACUCUGAGAGGCGUGCGGCACUGCGGGGACGACUCGCUGCCGGCAGAGUUCCGGGCGUCGCGUCACCCUGCGGACGUUAAAAAAGCGCAGCCUGUCGGCCGAGCGGAGAAACGGAGCAGCGUGGGUAAUAACGGCACAGAAUCGCACGCCGGGGGAUGGGACAGAGUUCCUGAUGAUAUUUACGACCUUCUGGACAAACUGUUGGAUUUGAACCCAGUGACGAGAAUCACUGCAGCUACGGCACUGCAGCACCCGGUGUUUAAAGAUCUCCGGGAUUAAUACGUAUUUAUCCAACAGGUAGUAAUCCUCAGUGUGCUGGAGUUCUGUUUGUGUGAUUGUAUACAUGUUAGUUUUGUAAUAUAGUGUACUAUAUAGUACGCAUGGCGUAUAUUUAUUCGUCCGGUGUGACGUUGAGUUUUCCGAGAGUUCGGCCCAGUGGGUGCAUUACGUUUCUUUACAAUAAUAUUUUAAUAAACAUCUUAAGAACGUCUCCAUUAGUACGUUUUGAUAUUUUCCUUAAAUACUAAGGAACGGCCAGUUAACGAUCCAGGGACUGUUCGAUGUGAUACGACUCUGAAUCCCUUCCAUGUGAUUCAGUAACAAUUCAAUAAAAUAUGAUUCCAGAAUUAUCCAGUAAUGUUUUAGCUUUUAUUUUUAAAUA